AUGGCGGGCCUGCUUAAGGAAGAUGUUGAGGCCCCUCUAUGCCUUCAAAUGAGGAACAGUGCAGUGAGGUGGUCUGAUUGGAUCGACAGACCUCUCCCAAGGCAUGGAGCUUAUUGGAAGAAGGUUGGGAUUUACGACGCCAUCCUUCUGUCUAGAAACUCUGUCAAUAGGGACGAGAACCUGCUGGCUGCUGCCUUAUGUUUCUGGAACUCCACCAGCAACAUCUUUGACUUCCGGUUAGGUCCCAUGAGUCCAACCCUACUAGAUCUUGCUCAAAUAUUUGGGUUCAGUCCCCAUGGGAGGCCUGCUGAUGCUGUUGAUGACUACCAUAGAGGAAAGAAUCGAGAGAGAUUGGCCAAACCCUUUACCAUUCCUGCUGCCACGAUCAACCAGAACUGUUCCUUCUAUACUAAAGCCUUGCAUAAUCAUGCUGAUGUGGGACUUGGCCCCAUAGUUCUGGCUCACCUGUACAAGAAUCUUCACAGCGCCACUCUGGAGAGUACUCUGAACAUCUCUGCUCAUGGUGCAUUAUGGAUGAUCCAGAUAUGGCUGCAGGUUUAUUUCCCGGAACUGAGAUUCCUAGACAUUGUUCUGCCUGAAGAUCAGGUCAUGACGGCCCCCUUGAUGUCGAUAGAGGUGCCUAAGCGCUCCAUUGAAGAAUAUCUCAUGUUUUUAAGGCCCUGCACCAAGAGGUCUGUUGCGCAGUGGCAAGUAGUGCUCAGAAGAUCAUACCCUUGGUUCCAGCCUGGACAUAGACUUUUCGAGAAAGAGCCAGAAGAGGAGGAGGCAAAGAUUGAUUUCAGAAAAAAAAAAAAUUCUGAGUGUGACGCUGCCCCGGGACAUACCCUUUGGUGGAGGGAAACCUCCCAACUAUCAUCUGGGGGCAAAAGCGAUCACCCCAAUUUCUGUGCCAAGCAGCUUGGCUGUCCCCAGCUCAUCCCUCUCAAAUCCUAUAGGAGCUACAACUGUGCUACCUCAUGGAAGGACUUAGAUGAUUUGGAUGUGCACAAAGACUACAGGUGUUCAGUGAACAAGAUAAAUAACAGCGUGGAUGCCCUUUACCCAUCCUGGGAGCCUAAAUCUUGCAGCUCUGGUGAGUUUGAUGCCUGGUGGAAAGCUCUCUUUGCUGGUCUGCCUGAUGCCAGUACUGCUAUGAAGACCUUGUUUGAAACUUGGGAUGCUGGGAUUAUCCUUGUAGAACCAAAAGCCAAAAAAUUCAUAGUGCAGAUGGUCAAAGGCAUCAAUGCUCAAGUGAUUGAAGAUCCUUCUAUGACAAGCAAUCUUGGGAGCCAAAGUGUGGUGUUUUUUAAGCUUGUUUCUUUGCUGGAUUCCGAAAGCUCCUCUUCUCCCUCCAAGGUGAAGAAGCUGGGAAAGAAAGCUGUUAAUGAGCUUGACGAGAAGGAAGAGCAUGCAGCAGUUCUUGUUGAACCACAGAAACUGAUGAAGAGCUACGAGAGGCCUAUAAGGCCGUGGAACAGGAGAAGGAGAAGGAGAUUUUGGAAGGAGAAAAAGAAAAGAAAAAGGAUGGAGAAGAAGAAGUGGGUGGAGGAGGGCAGAACUACUGUGAUGUUGGCUAUAGUGACCAGUCCUCUCAAGCCUCCUAUUGUGGCUAUGCCUAUCCACUCUGUUCUUGGUUCACCAGCUACUGCCUCUUUUGCUGAUCGAGAGUUGGUAGAAUUUGAAGCCAUGGAUCUAGAUGCUCAACUGGACAGGCUAGAGCAGCUUAGCUCUACUCCAGGCAAGGCCAAGUCUAAAGCAGUGGAUGGGGCAGUGGAUAGAGUGAAAAUAUGGCAGUCAACAAAGCUGGAUUUGGAUGAAAAUAAAGAGGCCAUAGAUCAGCUGAUGCAGGAUCUAGACCUGCUGCAUAGGCAGAAUGUGGUUCCCAUGCCCAUUCUUGAGAUUAGCCUUGGCUUGGCAAGAGACGUGCUAAAUCUCCACAAUCGCUAUGAAGAUCUCCAGCCCUCGUUCAAAGCUUUUGAAUUCUACAAAGCUACUCAUGAAGCUAACCUUGCUGACUAUCAGAAACAGAAAGCCGAAUUGGACAUGAUGGUUGCUGACUAUAAGAAACUAAGAUCGCUACUGAUAAACUGGAGAAGCACAUUGAAGAACUUCAUAAGCAGCUAG